AGCAGAGUGAGUGUAGUGAGCAAGAGUGAAAAGCCAGUGUACUAAGCUUGUCUUCUAGUAUGGCAGCAUUGACGUUCUGCGUCUACAGUACAUUACAACAGAUUUGUGAGUUCGCGGAUGCAUUUGUGCGUUUCGGUUUAAGUGCACAUAGAAGUUUCCAGUUUUUACGCGCCAAACGCAAUCAAAUUAAACUUCGUCGCAACUGUCGCGCAGUGUGGCUGCAGGAAUUAUCCAACGCAUUAUCGGUGCGAGUGGUGUGUGAAAUAUUGCGACAAACAAGAGUGCCAUUGACCAGUGUCAAUAACGUUGAUAGUACAUUCGAGCUGGUGAAGAAGGAAAUGCAUCGCCGGGGCAUCGAUUUUGCCGCCAUCGAGGCGACCGCUGAGGCCUAUGAGGUGAUUGAUACAUUUGCUGUGCAACAGCGUCGCUCCAAUGCAGGCGGCAGCGAUAUAAUAGAUGGAGGAGGACAACGUGACUAUGAGUUGGUGGAUAAUUUCGAUGACAUCGAAGUGCUUAAUGGCGAUGAAAUUGAUAGUUCAUUCUACGACUACAUGGAGCCGUUGCCCGUAUAUCAAAAUGAGAAGAUCGGCACUUUGAAGGAAGGCAUCAGCUUCACAAUAACCGGUAAAAUUUUGCUCAAUUGUGAGCGAUUUUCGAUCAAUUUCGUUAUCGAGAAUGCAACACGAGAUGUUGCGCUCCAUAUCAAUCCACGCCUUCCGCAAAACUACAUUGUACGCAAUACCAAAGUGAAAGGCGUAUGGGGCAGGGAGGAGGUCUCGUCAGCACUGUCAUUCUCACUGCAUCGUGGAAGCCGUUUCGCCAUACAGAUUUUCAUAACAGACAGUGAUUAUCUGAUCUCCGUGAAUGGUAUACCUUUUGCCAAAUACGCGCAUCGCUUACCCUACACUUCGGUGUCGACAGUCGAGGUGAAGGGCGAUGUGGAGGAUGUGAACAUGGAACGCGUCGAUGUGGAAUGCUAUCCGAAGCAUUUGCCAGGCGUAAAUCCCAAAGAAUUUUUGGUAAUUGCUUAA